AUGAAUAUGGAAGAAGCAGGGAAGGAAAGGAAGCUCCAGUUGCAAGAGCUGGAAGAGUUGAGUUUAGAGGCAUACGAGAAUUCAAGAAUCUACAAAGAAAAGACCAAAUUGUUCCAUGACAAUGUACUCUUAAGAAAACAAUUUAAAAUUGGAAAAAAGGUCUUAUUGUAUAAUUCUCGACUUCAACUCAUGCCAUGUAAGCUGCGUUCCAGGUGGAUGGGUCCGUUUACUGUGACUAAUCUUUUUCCCUAUGGUGCAGUAGAGAUCAAAAGUCUCGACACAGGUAAGAUCUUCAAGGUGAAUGGGCAUCGAUUGAAGUUGUUCCACGAUGAUGCAAAUGUGUCCUCCUCGGUAGACAUCUCAUUGAACAUUCCUCGGAACCUCAAAAAGCGAACAGGGAAGUACCCCCAAAUCCUUCUACUUUAUGCAUAA